AUGAAUCAUCUGCGAACCGUUCGCAUCCCCCCGGGACGCGUAGCCCAGAGCGUCGCCAUCGCAGUCGCAACGAACAUUCACAUUCCCACCGUCAUCGACACCGCGACCACUCGCGAUCUCGAUCUCCCCACCGAUCCGACAGACACAGGUCGGAGCGCCACCGUCGACAUGAAACGGACCGAAGAAACGAGCACGGAAGCUCGAGAACUUAGCAGGCGAGACCUAGAGGCCUACGAGCCGAUGUUCGCCAUGUACUUGGAUAUCCAGAAAGGUAUACUCCUUGAAGAAUUGAAGGAAGAAGAAAUCAAGGGGAGGUGGAAGAGCUUUACUGGGAAAUGGAACCGCGGCGAACUCGCUGAAGGAUGGUACGACCCUGCAACACUGAAGCGAGCACGAGAAAAUUCGGAUCAAGCACAAUCAUAUUCGGGUGGAGGUCGAGCAUCACCUGAAUAUAAUCAGGGCCGACCAGCGGAUAAUGAGGGCGCCCGGGAACUACCAACUGCAGAAAAUGACGAUGAGGACGACGAUGAUGAAUAUGGACCGACUCUUCCACAUCCAGGAUCAAUGGGAGGACACUACCGUCCUGGACCGACUAUACCAAAUAUGCAGGAUCUUGACCUUAAAAGAGAAUCUGCAAUUGAAGAUGCGAUUGCUGCCCGCGAGGAGUCACGAGGCCAAUAUCGUUCUGAGAUUCGUUCUCAUAAGGCAGAGAUGCGGCACCUACAAGAUGAGAUUGCACCUCGAGCUGAGGCCGGCACCCGGGAGCGACAGCUUGAGAAACGUCGAGAAACUGCUGCGGCGAAUCGCUCGUUUGCAGAGGCUCGGGGGGCGUCUCCUGAGGCAGCACGAGAUGAGGACCUCAUGGGUGCUGGAGAUGGCGAGUGGGCUAGCCUCAAGAAAGAGAAAGAACGCGACCAGAGGAAGAAGAAUGAGCAGCGGGAAGAGCGAAUCCAAAAGUAUCGGGAGAAGGAGGACGAAACCAUCGGCUGGCUACAGACUUUGGCGAAACAACGCUUUGGCUAA